CAAGAACAGGUAAACUGAGUGGCUUCGGCGGCCUAGUCUUGGAUAAAAAACUCAAAGGCGUGGCGGAAUCUACAGGUUUGAACGCCAGGAAUUCCCCAUUCAGGAUCAACAAGUCUGCAGUGGGACCCACAUUCGGCCUCGAAAACAGCUCUUCGUUGACUUUACCCUCGCCGGUCAACUCUCCCGCUUCACUAUCCGCAGCAGACACGGAGCUCUCUCUGUCUUUCCCUUCCAAAAGCAUCAUUGCUAAUCCAAUGCCAAUCAGCUACAGCAGCGAGGCGGCCAAUUUCACAUACCUCGGUUCUUCGAACGACAAGCCUGUUUCGCAGUGGGCCCCACACGACAGGAAGGAGGAGAUGAUAAUGAAGCUGGUCCCACGAGCGAGGGAGCUGCAGAACCAGCUCCAAGAAUGGACCGAGUGGGCGAACCAGAAGGUCAUGCAAGCUGCAAGAAGAUUAGGUAAGGACAAAGCCGAGCUGAAAACGCUCAGGCAAGAGAAGGAGGAAGUGGAGAGGCUGAAGAAGGAGAAGCAAACGUUGGAGGAGAACACGAUGAAGAAGCUUUCGGAGAUGGAGAAUGCGCUGAGCAAGGCUAGUGGACAGGUGGAUCGAGCUAAUUCGGCGGUUCGAAGGCUCGAGGUGGAGAAUGUGUUUUUGAGAAGGGAAAUGGAAGCCGCGAGGUUGCGAGCGGCAGAAUCUGCCGCUAGCUAUAUGGAGGUUUCGAAGAGGGAGAAGAAGACUUUGAUAAAGUUUCAGUCUUGGGAGAAGAAUAAGACCGUUUUGCAAGAGGAUCUUUCGGCUGAGAAAUUGAAGUUGAUCCAGAUGCAGCAGAAGCUGAAGCAGUGUAAAGAUAUACGGGAUCAAGCUGAGGCGAAACUGAAUCAAGAAGUGAAGGCGAAGGAAGAGAUCCUCAGACAAGCGAAUUCGUAUAAAAAAGAACGAGAGCAAAUCGAAGCCUCCACAAAAUCCAAAGAGAGCGCAAUGAAAUCUCGAGCCGAAGCGAAUCUGCAAAAGUCCAAAGAAGAUAUAGAGAGGCUCGAGAAGGAGAUCUCUCAGCUGAGGCUGAAACCGACUCCCGAAAUAGCCGCCCUCAGAAGGGGCGCAGUGGACAUGACCUACGCAGCAACUGGUCGACUUUAGAGAUACAAUACACACAGCAGCGACGGCACAACAACAUAUCUGCUUACAUCUUCAAGAUUGUGGCGGGGUCCACCACCCGCCACGUCAGCGGACGUGAAACGGGAGAGAGAGUGCGUGAUGUGCUUGUCCCGAGGAGAUGUCCGUGGUAUUUCUCCCGUGCGCGCACCAGGUGGUGUGCACUGUGUGCAACGAUCCUGCACGAGAAGCAAGGGAUGAAGGACUGCCCUUUUCUUGCAGGGGGGCCGAUACAGAGACGCGUUUGUGUGCGUUACGCUCACUCGUAAGUUUUUUUUUUUUUUUUUUUCCGGAGAUGUUUUUUUAUUUAUUUUAUAUAAUAAUGUUUCUGUGUGUUGGACUGAUUUUUCUUUCUUUUUUACAAUAAAUAGUGGGGGUUUUGAUGCUCUCUGUCAAAAAUUGGGACUGUGUUUUAUAUAUAUAUAUAUAUAUAAGGUUGCAUUUUUUGUAAGUGCAAUGUGGAAAAAAGGAAAGGGUUGUGUGGAGUAUGGGUUUGUAUAUGGUGGUUUUCCCAUUUUUAUUGAAUAAAUAAAAUUGUGUGAUUUUCAUUGUUAUAUAAUAUAUAUGCAUAUUUA